AUGAAUAAAAAGAAAGUUGAAUGGUCAAACAUGUUCACAUGCAGUGCCAUACCAAACACAUGCAACGUCAUACCAACCACAUGUAACGCCAUACCAACCACAUGCAACACCAUACCAACCACAUGCAACGCCAUACCAACCACAUGCAAUGCCAUACCAACCACAUGCAACGCCAUACCAACCACAUGCAACGCCAUACCAACCACAUGCAACGCCAUACCAACCACAUGCAACGCCAUACCAACCACGUGCAACGCCAUACCAACCAUGUGCAACACCAUACCAACCACAUGCAACACCAUACCAACCACGUGCAACGCCAUACCAACCACAUGCAAUGCCAUACCAACCACAUGCAACGCCAUACCAACCACAUGCAACGCCAUACCAACCACAUGCAACGCCAUACCAACAACAUGCAACGCCACACCAACCACAUGCAACGCCAUACCAACCACAUGCAACGCCAUACCAACCACAUGCAACGCCAUGCCAACCACAUGCAACGCCAUACCAACCACAUGCAACGCCACACCAACCACAUGCAACGCCAUACCAACCACAUGCAACGCCAUACCAACCACAUGCAACGCCAUACCAACCACAUGCAACGCCAUACCAACCACAUGCAACACCAUACCAACCACAUGCAACGCCAUACCAACCACAUGCAACGCCAUACCAACCACAUGCAACGCCAUACCAACCACAUGCAACGCCAUGCCAACCACAUGCAACGCCAUACCAACCACAUGCAACGCCACACCAACCACAUGCAACGCCAUACCAACCACAUGCAACGCCAUACCAACCACAUGCAACGCCAUACCAACCACAUGCAACGCCAUACCAACCACAUGCAACGCCGUACCAACCACAUGCAACGCCAUACCAACCACAUGCAACGCCAUACCAACCACAUGCAACGCCAUACCAACCACAUGCAACGCCAUACCAACCACAUGCAACGCCAUACCAACCACAUGCAACGCCAUACCAACCACAUGCAACGCCACACCAACCACAUGCAACGCCACACCAACCACGUGCAACGCCACACCAACCACAUGCAACGCCACACCAACCACAUGCAACGCCACACCAACCACAUGCAACGCCACACCAACCACAUGCAACGCCACACCAACCACAUGCAACGCCAUACCAACCACAUGCAACGCCAUACCAACCACAUGCAACGCCAUACCAACCACAUGCAACGCCACACCAACCACAUGCAACGCCAUACCAACCACAUGCAACGCCAUACCAACCACAUGCAACGCCAUACCAACCACAUGGAACGCCACACCAACCACAUGCAACGCCAUACCAACCACAUGCAACGCCAUACCAACCACAUGCAACGCCAUACCAACCGCAUGCAACGCCGUACCAACCACAUGCAACGCCAUACCAACCACAUGCAACGCCAUACCAACCACAUGCAACGCCAUACCAACCACAUGCAACGCCAUACCAACCACAUGCAACGCCAUACCAACCACAUGCAACGCCACACCAACCACAUGCAACGCCACACCAACCACAUGCAACGCCAUACCAACCACAUGCAGCGCCACACCAACCACGUGCAACGCCACAUCAACCACAUGCAAUGCCACACCAACCACAUGCAACGCCACACCAACCACAUGCAACGCCACACCAACCACAUGCAACGCCACACCAACCACAUGCAACGCCACACCAACCACAUGCAACGCCACACCAACCACAUGCAACGCCAUACCAACCACAUGCAACGCCAUACCAACCACAUGCAACGCCACACCAACCACAUGCAACGCCAUACCAACCACAUGCAACGCCAUACCAACCACAUGCAACGCCAUACCAACCACAUGGAACGCCACACCAACCACAUGCAACGCCAUACCAACCACAUGCAACGCCAUACCAACCACAUGCAACGCCAUACCAACCACAUGCAACGCCAUACCAACCACGUGCAACGCCAUACCAACCAUGUGCAACACCAUACCAACCACAUGCAACACCAUACCAACCACGUGCAACGCCAUACCAACCACAUGCAAUGCCAUACCAACCACAUGCAACGCCAUACCAACCACAUGCAACGCCAUACCAACCACAUGCAACGCCAUACCAACAACAUGCAACGCCACACCAACCACAUGCAACGCCAUACCAACCACAUGCAACGCCAUACCAACCACAUGCAACGCCAUGCCAACCACAUGCAACGCCAUACCAACCACAUGCAACGCCACACCAACCACAUGCAACGCCAUACCAACCACAUGCAACGCCAUACCAACCACAUGCAACGCCAUACCAACCACAUGCAACGCCAUACCAACCACAUGCAACGCCGUACCAACCACAUGCAACGCCAUACCAACCACAUGCAACGCCAUACCAACCACAUGCAACGCCAUACCAACCACAUGCAACGCCAUACCAACCACAUGCAACGCCAUACCAACCACAUGCAACGCCAUACCAACCACAUGCAACGCCACACCAACCACAUGCAACGCCACACCAACCACGUGCAACGCCACACCAACCACAUGCAACGCCACACCAACCACAUGCAACGCCACACCAACCACAUGCAACGCCACACCAACCACAUGCAACGCCACACCAACCACAUGCAACGCCAUACCAACCACAUGCAACGCCAUACCAACCACAUGCAACGCCAUACCAACCACAUGCAACGCCACACCAACCACAUGCAACGCCAUACCAACCACAUGCAACGCCAUACCAACCACAUGCAACGCCAUACCAACCACAUGGAACGCCACACCAACCACAUGCAACGCCAUACCAACCACAUGCAACGCCAUACCAACCACAUGCAACGCCAUACCAACCACAUGGAACGCCACACCAACCACAUGCAACGCCAUACCAACCACAUGCAACGCCAUACCAACCACAUGCAACGCCAUACCAACCACAUGCAACGCCAUACCAACCACAUGCAACGCCAUACCAACCGCAUGCAACGCCGUACCAACCACAUGCAACGCCAUACCAACCACAUGCAACGCCAUACCAACCACAUGCAACGCCAUACCAACCACAUGCAACGCCAUACCAACCACAUGCAACGCCAUACCAACCACAUGCAACGCCACACCAACCACAUGCAACGCCACACCAACCACAUGCAACGCCAUACCAACCACAUGCAGCGCCACACCAACCACGUGCAACGCCACACCAACCACAUGCAAUGCCACACCAACCACAUGCAACGCCACACCAACCACAUGCAACGCCACACCAACCACAUGCAACGCCACACCAACCACAUGCAACGCCACACCAACCACAUGCAACGCCAUACCAACCACAUGCAACGCCAUACCAACCACAUGCAACGCCAUACCAACCACAUGCAACGCCACACCAACCACAUGCAACGCCAUACCAACCACAUGCAACGCCAUACCAACCACAUGCAACGCCAUACCAACCACAUGGAACGCCACACCAACCACAUGCAACGCCAUACCAACCACAUGCAACGCCAUACCAACCACAUGCACGAGUCCAACUUGCUAUCUGGCAGUCGCAACUAACGGGGAUGCUUCAGCAGCAUCGUGCUUCGAACGAACAGUGGUUACGACCGGGACAACGUAG